UUACAUUUACGGACGAAUUCUUAUUUUGUUUUGAAAUACGCUGGAAUUGCCAGGUUAAUCAUGUCAGACCAUGUGCAAACUGUGCAACAAUCAGUGUGAUGUCGUGUGUGUAUGUAUAUGUAUAACGCAUAAUGGAGGAGUAUAGUGACAGCAGGAGUAGGGAUAGGUUUCAUUGUUGUAUGUCAUAGUACGAAUAUGGAUCUUACAAUCAACGCGGACAGGCAAAGGUUUCCGUUUUGCAUAGUCUGGACACCUUUACCGAUCCUAACGUAUUUUUUACCGUUCAUCGGCCAUAUGGGCAUUGCUACGUCCACUGGCGUGAUACGUGACUUCGCUGGUCCGUAUCACGUAGCCGAAGACGAUAUGACGUUUGGCAAACCAACGAAGUAUUGGCAGUUAGAUUUCACGAAAGCCAAAGGAGGCGUUCAGGGAUGGGAUUCUGCAGUCGCAGAAGCCAGUGAAAUUUAUAAGGCUAGAGUGCAUAUUUUGUGCUGGGACAACUGUCAUUCUCACGUAGCCACAGCUCUGAACUUAAUGUCGUAUGAAAAUUCAACCAAUUGGAACAUGGUAAAACUAGCAUUCCUAAUGCUUAUACAUGGGAAGUAUGUAAGUUUUCUAGGUUUCCUUAAAACGUGGACACCGUUUCUUUUUCUUGUCGCAAUGGUGACCAUCAUCUGCUUGUUUUGCCGAUAAACGAUCAAAGUGCACGUUCGAUGAAACGUCGAUCCUUGAAUGAACAACGAACGCUGCAUUUCGAUGGAAAUAAUACAUCGUUCAGUUAUGUUUAACAUUUAUUAAGAAUUUGCUCGGUCGAUGCUUUGAAAUUACAUGUAUGUUACAGAUGUACAACGUCGUGACAUAUAUUAUAAAGCACACUUAAAACUAUCGACGAACAAGUGGUACGCCGUAUGGCAAACGCAUUACACAACGUGUUUUAACAGAAAAUAAAUUUGUGCUCGCAUAUUGUUCAGCUGGCAUUUACAUACAGGA